UUGAAUUUCUGAAAUGACCCCGUUAUCUACCUGUUGGCUUUUGAUUGAACUAUAUGUGAUCCCACAUGGAUAUCUAAAGUGGUAUUUUUUGAGUUUCUAUAUCCACCCUUUUCUUCUUCCUUUCUGCCAACUUUAUCUUUGGAUCAAAGUGUUACAAAAAAUUCUAUUAACCUUCAUCCUUUUUGUUUGUACGUCCUCUUGUUUCUUAAUUUCGUAUGUUACAAGAUUGUGUAAAUUCUGCGUCCUCUUCUUUAAGAAGUACUUCAUCUUACCAAAUAGAAAAAAUCAUCAUAUCCCUACAGCUGAAGAGGUUGAGGAGUACUAUGAUAUUAUACCAAAUCUCGUAAACCAAAAUGAAAUCGUCCUUUAUACGAGCUUUAAAAUGAGACAAAGUACUAGUAAAUCGUAUGGAACGGUCCAUUUGAACCUGAUGAAUAACUCGUAUGUAUAUGAUUUUCAAACUAGAGUUUCUCAAAUGUUCGCUAAAAAUCACAAGAUUAGUUCGUUUGUUGAACCAAAUCAAGGUGAGUUUAUGGAACUUGAAGAGGAUUCAAUCGUUUCUUCUGUUGAUGAAAAAAUGAAUUUAUUUGAUAAUUAUAAUACCGUCCCUUUAUCUCCUGGUUCAAUUUUAUCUGAAACAGAGCUAGAACUUGAGUUCUCCCUAUCGAGUUCUGUUUCCAGUUUUUCACCAGGUAUGAAUCGUCCAGGGCUUGACGAAUAUUUUCCAUCUCCUAUUAGCUCUAAUUCGUCGUCCCCGUUGGAUUAUGGUACGUUGAACCAAAAUUUUAGUAGCUAUACAAAAGCUAUGGUAAUGGAUCAGCAGCUGGUUCAUGAGGAAGAAGUAGAUUUGUUAUACAACAAGUAUGCUGAAAGCAUGAGCUGGUUUGAUGUUCUCAAUCAUGAAAGGCUAUGUGCCUUAUGUACAGUACUGAGGAAGCACUUGUCAAGUCCAAAUUCAUUUGAGUAUGAAACGGAGCCUACAGUUGGUUUGCCUGUCCAAUAUAUUUCAUUGAGCAAAGUGGCAAGAAAAAGACUUGUGAAGAGCUUAGAGAAUGAUUUAGAGUUGGUUUAUGUGGCACAAUCAUGUUUGUCAUGGGAAGCACUUCAUCAUCAGUAUAAAAAAGUAGAGGCUCUUUGUUGUUCAAAUUCAAAAAAUGGGGUCUUUUAUGGUAAUGUAGCAGCAAGAUUUCAGAAAUUCCAAAUAAUGCUAGAAAGAUUUGUGGAAGAUGAUAGCUGUGGAGGCAAAAGGCAUUUGAAUUAUGUUCAUAGAAGAUUUUCCCAAAAGAAUCUCCUCCAAGUUCCUGAGGUUUCUGGAUAUGUAGAAUCAAACGAAAGAGUGAAUGGAGAAAUAAACAAGCCAAUUGAAGUGCUAAAGGCCAUAGAGAAAUGCAUACAUGCUUUCUGUUUUUUUGUAAGAACGGAUUGCAAGAAAAGAGAGAAUUUUUUGUGGAGUCAAUCUCGUGUAGAAGACCCCAGAGACAUACUGCUCCUGCCUCACUUAACUAAGAAACUUCAAAUGAAAAUGUUAUGGCUGAAGGACGUGAAAGGUAAGAGAAAAUGUUGGUUGAGAAGAGCAAUAAAACCUGAAGAAGAAGAAUUUAGCAAAAUAGAGUUUGUGUUAACAUUGAUAGAGAUGAAGCUGGUGUCAAGGAUUCUCCAUAUGUCCAUUAUUUCUACCUCUCAUUUCAAAUGGUGCCAACAAAAGCUAAAUAAUAUAGAGUUCAAAAAUGGUCAGAUUUUAAGGAUCCCCACUACCCUACCGCUAUUUCCAUCUUGAUCAAAUCACAUUUUCUUCUUAUUUCCCCAACUAGUGUGUGAAUAUUUAAGCAUAUUUGUUCUUCGCACGUACGGCAUGUAAAUAUAUGAGUACAAUUUGCUUCUUCUUUUGGGCUAAAUUGUACUCUAGCCAGCUAGCUAGCUAGCUUUUCUAUGAUGUAUAUGUAUAUAUAAUACUACUACAUAACUACACUCGUG